CUGGGUUAGAGAACGGGGACGAACUCUGCCACUGACCACAUCAGCCUCGUGAGCUCAUAGGGCCGGCAGGACUCUGAGCAGCUGGUGCUCCCUGGGGGCUGUGAGUGCUGGGAGCAGGGGAGCAGGGGCAGGGGUGGCAGGACAAAGAUAAGAGAGAGAGAGAGACCAGGGUGGUGUGGGGUGGGAUGGGGGACUCGGAGAGAAAGAGCCUGUAGACAGGGAGAGAAAGACAGAAAGAGAAAGAGACAGAGACGGAGACUUGGGCAAGAUUGGGAGAGGAAAACAGAACAAGAGUGAAAAAGACAGGACAAGAGAGACAGAAAGAGAAACAAGAAGCAGACACCCGCAGAGAGGGACCAGAGAGCCAGAGGCAGACGCGGGUGGCAGGCAGUGGGCACUGUUGGAGCCACCGCCAGAGGACCUGGGAUGGCCCUGAGGCCCCCCACCAGGGCUCCUCUGCUGCUCUUGGGACUGCUGACCAUAGGCCUGGCCCUGUUGCCAAUUCCUGCUUCAGCCCCUCGAGGCUUCUGGGCCCUGUCCAAAAACCUGACGGUUGUGGAGGGGGCCUCAGUGGAGCUGCAGUGCGGGGUCAGCGCCCCUGGCAGUGUGGUGCAAUGGGCCAAAGACGGGCUACUCCUGGGCCCCGACCCUAGGAUCCCGGGCUUCCCGAGGUACCACUUGGAAGGGGACCCUACUAGAGGUGAAUUCCACCUGCACAUCGAAGCGUGUGACCUCAGUGAUGAUGCGGAGUAUGAGUGCCAGGUUGGCCGCUCGGAGAUGGGCCCUGAACUCGUGUCUCCCAGAGUGAUCCUGUCCAUCCUGGUCCCCCCCAAGGUGCUUCAGCUGACCCCUGAGGCAGGGAGCACAGUCACCUGGGUAGCUGGGCAAGAGUACGAAGUCACCUGUGUGUCUGGAGAUGCAAAGCCAGCACCUGACAUCACCUUCCUCCAGAGUGGACAAACAAUAUCUGACAUCUCUGCCAACGUGAAUGAGGGGUCCCAGGAGAAACUCUUCACCACAGAGGCCACAGCCAGGGUGACACCGCAGAGCUCGGAUAAUGGGCAUUUGCUGGUCUGUGAGGGAUCCAGCCCAGCUUUGGACACCCCCAUCAAGGUCUCAGUCACCAUGAAUGUUCUGUUCCCCCCAGGACCCCCUGUCAUUGAGUGGCCAGGCCUGGAGGAGGGGCAUGUGCGGGCAGGACAGAGCUUGGAGCUGCCCUGCGUGGCCCGAGGUGGGAAUCCCUUGGCCACGCUGCAGUGGCUGAAGAAUGGCCAGCCUGUGUCCACAGCGUGGGGCACAGAGCACACCCAGGCAGUGGCCCGCAGUGUGCUGAUGAUGAUCGUGAGGCCGGAAGACCAUGGGGCACGGCUCAGCUGUGAGGCCCACAACAGCGUGUCUAAAGCAACCCAGGAACGCAGCAUCACGCUGCAGGUCACCUUUCCCCCCAGUGCCAUUACUAUCCUGGGAUCUCCAUCCCAGUCUGAGAACAAGAAUGUGACGCUCUCCUGUGUCACCAAGUCCAGUCGCCCACGGGUCCUGCUGCGAUGGUGGCUGGGCUGGCGGCAGCUGCUGCCUACAGAGGAGACAGUCACGGAAGGUCUGCAUGGCGGCCACAUCACCAUGUCCAAUCUGACGUUCCCAGUGCGGCGGGAGGACAACGGUCUGACCCUCACGUGUGAGGCCUUCAGUGAGGCCUUCACCAAGGAGACCUUCAAGAAGUCACUCACUCUGAACGUGAAGUAUCCUGCCCAGAAGCUAUGGAUUGAGGGACCCCCAGAGGGGCAGAGCCACCGGGCUGGGACCCGGGUGAGACUGAUGUGUUUGGCCAUUGGAGGCAACCCAGACCCCUCCCUCACCUGGUACAAGGAUUCGCGCACCGUGACGGAGCCGCGGCUGCCCCAGGAGCCACGGCGCGUGCAGCUGGGAAGUCUGGAGAAGUCCGGGAACACCUUCUCCCGAGAGCUGGUGCUGGUCACAGGUCCAUCGGACAACCGGGCCAAGUUCACGUGCAAGGCGGGCCAGCUCAGCGCGUCCACGAGUCUCGUGGUGCAGUUUCCCCCGACUAACUUGACGAUCCUGGCCAAUGCGUCUGCGCUGCGCCCUGGGGACGCUUUAAACUUGACGUGCGUCAGCAUCAGCAGCAACCCGCCGGUCAACUUGUCCUGGGACAAGGAAGGAGAGAGGCUGGAGGGCAUCACCGCACCGCCCAGAAGCGCCCCAUUCAAAGGCUCUGCUGCGACCAAGAGCGUCCUUUUACGAGUGUCAUCCCGCGACCACGGCCACCGUGUGACCUGCAGCGCCCACAGCGCCGAGCUCUGCGAGACCGUGAGCUCCUUCUACCGCCUCAACGUGCUGUACCCUCCAGAGUUCCUGGGGGAGCAGGUGCUGGUGGUGACCGCGGCGGAGCAGGGCGAGGCACUGCUGCCGGUGUCGGUGUCGGCUAAUCCCGCCCCCGAGGCCUUCAACUGGACCUUCCGCGGCUAUCGCCUCAGUCCAGCUGGCGGCCCCCGGCAUCGGAUCCUGUCUGGCGGAGCUCUGCAGCUGUGGAACGUGACCCGGGCCGAUGACGGCCUCUACCAGCUGCACUGCCAGAACUCCGAGGGCACCGCCGAGGCGCUAGUGCGUCUGGACGUGCACUAUGCUCCCACCAUCCGCGCCCUCCAGGACCCCACUGAGGUGAACGUUGGGGGCUCUGUGGACAUAGUCUGCACCGUUGAUGCCAAUCCCAUACUCCCAGACAUGUUCAACUGGGAGAGGCUGGGGGAAGAGGAGGAGGACCAGAGCCUGGACGGCAUGGAGAAGAUGUCAAAGGGAGCCACAGGGCGUCUGCGGAUCCACCAUGCUGAACUGGCCCAGGCUGGCGCUUACCAGUGCAUCGUGGACAAUGGGGUGGCACCUCCAGCCCGAGGGCUGGUCCGUCUUGUUGUCAGAUUUGCCCCCCAGGUGGAGCAUCCCACUCCACUAACUAAAGUGGCUGCAGCGGGAGACAGCACCAGUUCUGCCACCCUCCAUUGCCGUGCCCGAGGUGUCCCCAACAUUGUCUUCACUUGGACCAAAAAUGGGGUCCCUCUGGAUCUCCAGGAUCCCAGGUACACAGAGCACACAUACCACCAGGGUGGAGUCCACAGCAGUCUCCUGACCAUCGCCAACGUGUCUGCAGCCCAGGAUUACGCCCUCUUCACGUGCACAGCCACCAACCCGCUCGGCUCAGACCACACCAACAUUCAACUCGUCAGCAUCAGCCGCCCUGACCCUCCAUCAGGAUUAAAGGUUGUGAGCAUGACUCCAGACUCAGUGGGGCUGGAGUGGAAGCCUGGCUUUGACGGGGGCUUGCCACAGAGGUUCCGCAUCAGGUAUGAGGCCCUGGGGACUCCAGGGUUCCACUACGUGGAUGUGCUACCACCCCAGGCCACCUCCUUCACACUGACUGGGCUACAGCCUUCUACACGAUACAGAGUCUGGCUGCUGGCCAGCAAUGCCCUGGGGGACAGUGGACUAGCUGACAAGGGGACCCAGCUCCCUGUCACUACCCCAGGCCUGGACCAGACUUCCGGAGAAUCUGAUGACCAGUUGCCCACAGAGCAGCCGCCUGCAGGACCCUUGGGGCUGCCCCUGCUGCCUGUGCUGUUUGCUGUCGGGGGUCUUCUGCUGCUUUCCAAUGCCUCCUGUGUUGGGGGAUUCCUCUGGCAGCAGAGACUGAAGCGUCUUGCCAAGGGCAUCUCAGAGAAGACGGAGGCAGGGUCAGAGGAGGACCGCGUCAGGAACGAGUAUGCGGAGAGCCAGUGGACUGGGGACCAGGACACUGGAAGCUCCACCGUUAGCACCACAGAAGCAGAGCCACAUUACCACUCCGUGAGGGGCUUCAUCCCCCAGCUGCCUCCGAUGCCAGAGGAGGCGUCUUAUUUCCAGGGUUUCACAGGGUUUGAAGAUGAGGGUAUGGCCUUUCCUGGGCACCUGUAUGAUGAGGUGGAAAGAAUGUCUGCCCCACCUGGGGCCUGGGGACCCCUCUACGAUGAAGUGCAGAUGGGCCCCAGAGACCUCCACUGGCUGGAGGAGAAGUAUGAGGAUCCAAGAGGAAUCUAUGAUCAGGUGGCAGGAGACCUGGACACUAUGGAACCUGAUUCUCUACCCUUUGAGCUGAGGGGACAUCUGGUGUGAGAACUGGCUCAACACCCUUUUCCUGCUCCCACGGGACAUAAUACUCCAAUGGUCCUUUUCAUGCCAGCUUGGGCUGAGCUUGUCAAGUGAGCUUCAUAAGAUGCAAAGGGGCUAGACUUAUUCAAGAGAGGACAUAGAUGUGGGUAAGUGACAGAAGAUGAUUCAAGCUGGUGUCAAAGUACACACAAGGCUCUUCCUGGGGUUGGCUUUAGAAACUAACCUUCUCCAACAAGACAGAGUGAAUUGUAAAUGACAUCUCAAAAGUGAAAAGCUACUCUGAGGGUCUUUAUGCUUUUUGAAGUAAAUUUUUUAGAAGCGGGAAAAGACAUACUAAAAACUCCAUUAUUUUCAGUUCAAUUACAUCUGAAACAGCUAAUAAGUGGAAUUUAUGAACCUUUGCUAUAUCCUAUCUAUUCUUGUUUUAUGAUUUUUUAUAGUUAUCUAAAACAGAAUGUGUAAACUAUGACACACAUGUAAACAUAAAUAGACUCCAUAGUAAAUAAAAUAAACGGACUAUUGAAAGAGCUACAUGCAAAAGAACACACACUAUAUGCUAUCAUUUAUAGAAACUCUACAACAGGCAAAACUAAUCUAUGGUGACAGAGAUCAGUGGUUGCCUGGGGCCAUGGCAGGGGGACUGACUGCAAGAAGGCAGGAGGAAACUUGAUGGAAAUAUUCUAUAUGAUGACUGUGGUGGUUAAGCAGAUGCACAGAUUUGUCAUAACUCAUUGAACUGUACACUUAAAAUGGGCGCAUUUCAUUGUACAUACAUUGUACCUCAAUAAAGGUGAUUUUA